UAUCUAUCUGUUUAGUUCACACGGCAACCGUCCACGCAGCAGGCCGCCGGAAUGUUGCCAUAUGCGCCGAUCCUUCUUUCUCUCGCCGCCUACGUUGUGCUGGUGAGCGGCGAGACGUGCGUGCUGCCCUCCAACUGCACCGUGACACAGUGUUCGACGGGAGAUUCCCCGCACUGCCUCGACAACCUGUGUACCUGCCUCGGGCUGUGUGACCCCCAACCCGACCUAGGGCGCUGUUCCAAACAAGAGGAUUGCUUCAACCGCUACGAGAACCACUUCAUGCAGUGCGUGUGCACUCCAGUAGCCACCCUUCACUGUAUUGACGGCCAGUGCCAUUGUGGCUAUCCCCGGCCAUAAACACUACACAUGUGCACAACACACACGUGCACAACACACAUGCACAACAUAGGAGUACAACACAUACACAACUAACAUUACAACACACGUGCACAACACAUACACAACACCCAUGCACAACACACAUAUACAACACACGUGCACGACAGACAUAUACGCCACAAUUGUACAAGAUAUGCACAACACACAUACACAACACACUUGUGUAAAGCAUGAACGAAUAAAACAUCUGGAGGCCC